CUUGUUAUUUUGCGGGAGUCAGUUCUUCCGCGGGGCGGAAAAGGCAAUUAAGCAUGUGUUCCUAUCUUUUCCAGUCCCCUUUCCUUGCAGGACCCUAUGAGCAAGCUGUGGCGGCGCGGGAGCACCUCUGGGGCUAUGGAAGCCCCUGAACCGGGGGAAGCACUGGAAUUGAGUCUGGCGGGUGCCCACGGCCAUGGAGUGCACAAGAAAAAGCACAAGAAGCACAAGAAAAAACACAAGAAGAAACACCAUCAGGAAGAGGAGGCUGGGCCGACGCAGCCGUCACCUGCCAAGCCCCAGCUUAAACUCAAAAUCAAGCUGGGUGGGCAGGUCCUGGGCACCAAGAGUGUUCCUACUUUCACUGUGAUACCUGAAGGUCCUCGAUCACCCUCUCCCCUUAUGGUUGUGGACAAUGAAGAGGAACCUAUGGAAGGAGUCCCCCUUGAGCAGUACCGUGCCUGGCUGGGUGAGAAGGAUCUGGAGAUGAAGACAGUAAUCUAUCCCCCUCCCCACUUCGGGACCUGUCGGGGGGCUUAGGGGGUCAAGAGGAAGAGGAGGAACAGAGGUGGCUGGAUGCCCUGGAAAAGGGAGAGC